AUGAAUUACUCACAGACGUGCAGUCCUCGUUGCAACUCUGCUGGUCCUUCAAGCAAGCAGGAGCUUCCUGCAGAGUUGCAGUGUGAAGACAAAGAAACCUAUGAGACCUACUACCAGAAGCGAGGUGAGAGUACAGCUGGGGUGUUUGUUCCCUCCAGUACCAACUUUGACCUGCAGUGUGAAGGUAAAGAUUUAGAGCACUGUUCCUCUGAGAGGUCCAAGAAGCCACGGAGAAGACUACAUGACGAUAAUGAAAAUACUGUUCUUGCUGAUGUGUUUGAUGAGGACCCGGAGCCUGUCUCUGAGGAAGCUUUGCCGUAUCGGUGCAAGAAGUGUGGUUCCAAUUUCCAGGGUAUGAGUGAGCUGCAGGAACACAAGCGAACUCACCUUGUGGAAAACUCAUACCGAUGUCCCGUCUGCGCCAAAGAGUUCUUCCGCGCGGCAAAUUUGCGGAUGCACAAACUCAUCCAUUCUAGUGACAGGCCACACAAAUGUCCAGAGUGUGACAAGGGUUUCAUUCGCACGGCUGAUGUCUGGAGGCACCUACGCAACGUGCACAAGAUAGAGCGCUCCAUGGUGAUCUUGGGAAAUGGCAUGGCUAGGAACCCGUGGUCGAUAGCGCACCGUAACCAGCACGCUGUUGAGUAUACUGAUCAGCCUUGUGCAGAAAACCAAAAGUCUGAGGAAGACGACUGUAAACCUUUCGCCUGUCCGACGUGCGGCAAAGGUUUCGACAAGCCCAACCUGCUUUCCAAACACAAGGUGAUCCACCGGCAAGACAAGCCCUAUAAGUGUCAGGAGUGUGGCAUGGCGUUCGUCCAGCUGCUCAGGCUGAGGAGACACCAGCAGACUCACUCUGGGGAGCGCCCCUUCUACUGCCAGGAGUGUGGGGGGACGUUCACCCGGCUGGCCUCGCUCCAGCGCCAUCACCGCAUCCAUACUGGAGAGAAGCCCUACUCUUGCAAUUACUGUGGUCAUUCCUUCACCGAGUCGGGUACCCUACGGAGGCACGAGCGCACACACAAACUGGACAAAUCUUGA